CCUAAUCUUCGAAUCGCAGACAAACUCCUCUCUUCUCCAGCGUCGGAUCAGAUCAAAUCUCUCUCUCCUUCUCCGUCUCCUCCUCCAAUCAACAUUUCUCUUUCUCUCUCUCUUUCUCUCUGUGUCUCCCGCUCUUUUUCGAAUUCUUCUUCAGAAUUAGGGUUUCUGAGAUGGCUGAAUCGCAGACCGGUGGUGGUGGUGGAAGCCAUGAGAGUGGCGGAGAUCAGAGCCCGAGGUCGUUGAAUGUUCGUGAGCAGGACAGGUUUCUUCCGAUCGCUAACAUUAGCCGUAUCAUGAAGAGAGGUUUACCCCUUAAUGGCAAAAUUGCCAAAGAUGCUAAAGAGACUAUGCAGGAAUGUGUCUCUGAAUUCAUCAGCUUCGUCACCAGCGAAGCGAGUGAUAAGUGCCAAAGAGAGAAAAGGAAGACCAUUAAUGGAGAUGAUUUGCUUUGGGCAAUGGCUACUUUAGGUUUUGAAGAGUACAUUGAACCCUUGAAGGUUUACUUGAUGAGAUACAGAGAGAUGGAGGGUGACACUAAAGGAUCAGGAAAAGGCGGGGAAUCAAGUGGAAAGAGAGAUGGCCAACCAAGCCAAGUGUCCCAGUUCUCGCAGCUUCCUCAACAAGGUUCAUUCUCACAGGGUCCUUAUGGAAACUCUCAAGCUUCGAAUAUGAUGGUUCAAAUGCCGGGCACAGAGUAGUACUAGGACACCAUUCAUCACAAUCUUCCGAGACUCUAACUAUUCUAGUUGUCUGAAACUCUGAGCGAUCUACUGUUCAUACAUAUGGAUUGUGGUAUCUCAGUUUUGGGAGAGAGGAGAUUUGUAUAUGAUUGUGUUGUAGGGGGAAGAGUUUGGUUUGCUUAAGAUAAAAACUGGGAAAUACCCUCUUUUUUCAUUUGCAUUGUUAAGUGUCUUAGGUAAUAUUGGUCUUAACUCUUAAGAAGAAGCUAUUUUAUGAAUAUGUGCUUGGCCAUGUGAAUUCUUUCAUGCAAGUGUUAAUUUAAAAAGAAAAAAAAACUUCAAGAUUUAUAA